AUGGCAGCAGAAACAAAACAGCAGUUCUUAGAAGAGCUGCAUGCUGAUCUUACACGGAAGUACCGGACCCACGCUUCCACGGUAGAAAGGAUCUGGCGAUCCUUUGACCAGAAUCAACGAGCACGAUGCAUGAAAGCUGGCGCGGCUGAUGGGGCGGUGUUGAGGCACUCGAGGGAUCCAUCCUUGGGAAGCGUUUGCAAAAUCAUUCCAGAGUGGAAUCUGCGCGACAUUACGGAUCCCAACUCUGACUUGCUCUUGGAAAUGCUGAAGCACCGCGCCACAACCUCCCUCGUUGAGCAAUACAAGAACGGCCCAAAUGGUGGGCCUGGAGAUCAUGGUGUUAUCAUGGAGAUGAUGCUCACAAGGAAUCUUCGUCAUGUCGAGGCUUUUCCGAAUUGUUACACCGUUUUCCAUUCCGAUGAGCGCUACGGAGACUCGCUCAGAAUCCUCAAAAACCACGCCGAGGUGCUUAUUGGUCUCUCACCAAUCAUAAAUGCAGGCCUCUGCGUUCCUCAAUCCGCCGGGGAGCUCAUCUUGGACCGACAAGUGACUCUGAUACAGGUCCUCAACAUCAUCAUCGAGGACAUCUUGGAGUUGGGUGCCGAAAGUAGGGCUCGGAAGACAACGUCAGCCGGUUUGCCCGACAAGGAACUAGCCCAGCUUAGCAUCCAACCUCGGCCUACAUCGCUUGCUCUUCCGGACUUGGUCGCCAGCGCCGCCGACCGAAAGGCGUCACUUGAUGAAUACCUACAGCUGCUUUCGACCGAGCCCGUCGUGCUCGCUCAUAACGUCAAUAUCUGUUUCUUUAGUCGGCCAGAACUUGUGCCGGACAAAAAAGGGCGCAUAUUGCCAGUUCACACCGAUCGAUACAUCAGUGGUGCUGUUUUCGAAGCCCUCCACAGCGCAGUCAAGGCUGCUGCGAUCUGGAUUUACCUUAACCGCCUCCUCGAUCUCCUCGAGCGCUCUGUCUCGGAUAAAGUUUACCGACCCAUGCUCCUUCAAGAGAUAUCCAAUAUCUGUCACAUGGAAUACGGACGGGCUCAAGCCCUCUUUCAGCGUCAUUUUCAGACGGGUAUGGGUGCCAAGUGGUUCAAGCGGCUCUCCAACCUGCAUGACAAGGCCGGCAAUGCGCGUGUCUCCAUCAAAGAGCACAUCAGGGGCUCUAAACCCGAAGUCCAGCUACAGCUCAUGCUGAAUCUCUGCCAACCGACAACCAGUGCCUCCAUGGCCGCGAAUUAUCUCAGGGAUCUGGCCAAACGGCAUGAACUGCACCCCACGGAGCUAGAAGAACCCCAGGGGAGGGAGUUUGACGCCCUCUGUGACAUGGCUGCCGUCGUUGGGUUCUUUCAAGAUCUCUCCUCCACCAUUAAGAUGCCCUCGCCUUCACGCAAGAAGAAUCAGACGUUCCUCUCUAAAUCGCAAGAACUGGAGGCCGAGCUAAACCGUAUCAAAGAUGAGGUUGAUCUCCGGGACUGUGUUGUUCCCAUCGACAAUCUUCUGGAGCCGGGAGUGGCUGAAGGCGCAUUGAAACUUCUUGAUCAGUUCAUCAUCGAGAAGACGGGUACAAAGCUGGGGUUUCUGUAUCAAGACCUGGUUGAGGACUGCUUCUCUGAUCUCAAGAGUCAGUACCAGGAAGCGAAAGCCAAAUCGGAACAGGAGACAAACGAGCAGAAGCAAGACCAAACAGUUGGCUGGAUACCCUUCCCAGAAUCGGCUACGCAGCUGGUUGAGAAAAGAGUUCUGCAGAAGGAGAAGGCCCGCCCGUCACAUUCGUCCGUGUACGAGAUUGCGCCGUCCACCUUGUCCACUCCUGCUGAAGAGCCCGUUUUGCCCUUGCAAACCUUCAAAGUCCGUCCAUCGACCGUCCAAGUCUUUUCAGUACUGUUCGCAAAGUCCGAAUCCCGCGGCGCAGUGAGCUGGGCAGCGUUCCAGGCUGCCAUGGCCGAGCUGGGGUUCUCGGUCGUGCCCAAGUUUGGUUCUGUUUACACGUUCCUGCCCCCUGAGAGGAUGGCAGCGAAUAAGUCGUUCACAGUGCACCGCCCGCACAAGUCCCAAAUCGAAGGGUACUUGAUUCCUAUCUUUGCCCGUCGGCUGAAGAGAUUGUACGGAUGGGGUGACAAGACGUUUGAGGUUGCUUGA